AUGGGCAAACAAAAAGAAAAUCCUCAGUCAAACAAGAUUGAAGCAUACCUGAUCGCCAAGCUGUUCUUCAAGGAAAACAAUCUGGAUCACAAGACUACGCCACUAAAGUUAGAGAUGUCGCUCGAUAUCCAGGGCCGCCAGGGCGGUUACCUGGGUACCUGA